GCACCGCACACUAGCUCUCAGUCCUUUCGCAGCGGCCAACGGUACUGCAUGUGCCGCUAGCUGCUCCGCACAAAAUAAACAACGCGAGGAAUCCUACCGUGCAGUGUGAUGAUACGAUGCUGACUUGUGAAUUUUAAAGACAGUGACAGAUACGAACAGGAUCGAGUGCAGUGUACAUUUAACGCGACAAGAUGCCGAAGAUUUUCCUUAUAAAGAAACGGCUGCAUGAGCAGCAGUUGGGUCUCCAGGAGGGUCAGGAGUUGCUCGCCAGCAAGGCUGACACUUUGUGCCCUGGAUCUCCAUUAGAUGACGGGCCCAUACCCCUUCUCUCCAAGAAGGAUAAAGAAUGCGCCGAUCGAGAUGUAUUCGGAGAAAGAAGAAGCCCUCACGACAAACGCUCAAAAGAACCUAGAAGAUUCAUAUCUUCUAUUCUUGGAGGAGACAUUCCAUACGGAAGCCACAGAGGACAUGUUCUAACGCAGGCAGAGCGUAAACAAUACUUGCCUGUGGUUGUAGAAGAGAAAAAAACUGAAGAUCGUCCACUUAUCAAGGAAGAGAAAGAUUCCCUUGAUAGUGAACCGGUUGUACUUCCAACUCGAAACUCACCAUCACCUGAAUCUGCGCCUUCCCCAGGAAUUGAUAACAACGUAACGUGUCAAAAGGUUUCAGUUAUACAAAGAACACCUUCACAAUCACAAUUCCGUGAUAAUAAAAAAGAAAUAUCUGAUGUGAGUUUACCAGCAACUCUUCCUACGCCCGAACCUGAACAAGAUCAACCGAUAGACUAUGUAAUAGCAAAGAAACGAGGAGAAACUGAGGAUGAAGAAACCGAAAAGAAAAUUAGAGAGCAAAGGAGAACUAGCAGUUCAAAAAUUGCUAAUGGAAUUUUAGCUAGACCUGUUCUUGUGCUAAGAAAUUGUCCAGCGAAUAAAGUUCCUGGGAUAUUGAACGCCGCUGCAGGCCACGGACGUUCAACUGGUGGCAGUGGAUCUAAUGGCGGAUCUCAGAGUAGUGGGGGUUCCGGCAGUUUCAGCUCAGGUGGUGGCAGCACUGCGCCAUCAUCAGGAGGUGGUGGUGCUAUUGGCGGUGGCUCUGGAAGCGGAGGCAACGGCCGUGAUGGAAGAUCAAAUUACGGACCCAACAGCCCACCAACAGGCAGUCUUCCUCCAUUUUACGAAACUCUUGGGCCAUCCUCUAAGGGAGGUCAGAAUUCGUUUAACGCCAAUAGCACAUUCUCAAACGAAUUUAAUAUUAUCAAUGGAUUCAAUAUGGACUGCGAAAAUAAUGAAAAUGCCACAAACUUCACAGAGCAGAGUAAACAGUAUUCUUUAAUGCAAAAUGCCCAUUACGGCCUUGCUCUAAAGGACGAAGAAAUAGAUUAUGAGAAUAAAUUAGAAAACUUAGGAGGAAUAGGCAGCUAUGGAAGUAAUUUUGAUGAUUCUAUGGUGGUUGACAUGGGUGAUGACGUAAUAGACAACUACCAAUUUUCAACAACACUAACCUUCUCCGGUGCAAACGAAACUAUUUUAGGAAAUUUAUCUGACUCUACGGAAGAUUUCGCAAGCUUACUAAACAAUCACGUAGAAUCUAUAACCGAUUCAGAUUUACGAGAAUCAUCAUCAAUAACGCCUGAUUCAGUUCACAACCAAGUGGAUAUUGAAACAACACUCGCAGAGCAAGUAUCGUUAAGUAGACAGUAUUAUGAAAAGGCGAAUUAUUUGGCAUUCGCCAGCCAAGAACAAAGUCCAUCCUAUAAUUUCUCAAAAGAGCGGCCAGAUUUACUGAUGCAGCUUAACCCAGCACUUUUACAACACAACGAAGGUCAAAUGCAGCAGUUGCAAAUCCAUGUCCAGUUCCAGCAAAGGCCACAGAUUCUAUCGCCUGGCUUUCCUUUCUCUACAAGCAACCAUUCCUUGGACUUGGACUCGCCGACGGGCGUGUCCCUGCCGUCACCCGGCGGAAACAACUCUCUGGAUGGCAGCAACCACAUCGAGAACGCAUCAUUAAGUCCUGCCGCCGCUGUAAGUUUGAAGAAGGGCUCUGGAGAUAGCAAAUUCCAAAUCUUACAACAAAGGUUGGGACUACCAGCAGAACUGCCAUUGGAAUUUAUCAACGGCGGACACGGCGUAAAGAAUCCGCUGGCAACUGAAGCCAACGCACGGCAGAGGGAAGAGGAGAAAAACAAACAAGUUUUAGUCAGUGAGGAUGAUCCCACGAAGUUUGUCUGCAGGAUUUGCUCGAAGAACUUCAGUUUACAGAGGCUUUUAAACCGGCAUAUGAAAUGCCACUCGGAUGUGAAGCGAUACCUUUGCACGUUCUGUGGCAAGGGUUUCAACGACACAUUUGACUUGAAACGACACACCAGGACGCAUACUGGAGUCAGGCCCUACAAAUGCAACCUCUGCGAGAAGUCUUUCACCCAAAGAUGUUCCUUGGAAUCACACUGUUUGAAGGUUCACGGUGUUCAACAUACUUAUGCGUACAAGGAGAGAAGGACAAAGAUGUACGUGUGUGAGGAGUGCGGUCACACCACGUCGGAGCCCGAAGAGCACUACAUGCACCUCAAGAAGCAGCACCCGUACUCCCCGGCGCUGCUCAAGUUCUACGACAAGAGGCACUUCAAAUUCACGAACGCAUCCUUCGCGAACCAACUCCUAGGACAGCUACCCAUGCCUGUCCACAACUAAAAGUACCUUAAUUAAAUUAAACCAAUUGGCAUGACUAUGGAAACUUUUGAUAUACCAAUCGCGGUAAUCGAUGUCAAUUCAUCCAUUUUAAACAAAUGGAACGAAAGGUACUUAAUUACGAAUUUAUUCCGUCCGUUUAAAUGUAGAUCAUAUCAAAAUAAUCGAAUGUACCCCAGUGCUUAUUUAGGUAUUGUUGUGACUAUGCACACGGAAUUCAAUAAAUCAAUUUGUCUUCCAAUAAAUGUUGACAUUCCGCAUUUCAAACUGUGACAUAUUUUUGAACGGUUAAAAGUUAAACUACGUAACUAUCCACCUUUUGUUCCCAUAAAAAUACCUUAAUUUUUAACAGUCAAUGUGAAAUUAGCCCACUGGCCUAGAAGCGUUAGGCAUGACUGCAAAAAUCAAAGUAUCGGGUAUUAUGUGCAAUCUUUGGUGAUGGUACGGGAUAUCACUUAAGUUUAGUUCGUAAGUUAGACUUUACUGUUUAGCUCUAGUUCGUAGAGUAUAUUUUAGUAAUUGUUUGUAAGUUUCAUUUCAAGUCAGCCCAGGUCACGAAGAGAUUAAGUGUGUAUCGGGAUGAAACAAACAGGAUGGUGCUAAAGCGUGCGCGUCGCUGACUUGAAACGAAGCGGCAUGGAUCGGAUGACACUUAUUGUCCGCUCCAUGGAAUAAUAUCAAAGAAAACACUUUGGUAUGAACUAACUCCAGAAAAAAGGAAUCUCUUUCCUCGUAUUAGUGAUACUAGCUUCUAAUUAUCUCACAAAAUAUUAACACAAAUUAUGUCACAAUUUUAUGUGUAUGUAACUAUAGAAAAAUGUUAUGUUUGUCUUUUGUUUGUACUUAUUGUAUUAUUCAUGUGGAAAUUUAUAAAUUCGUGUGACGAACCUAGAGUUCGGGCGACAUGUCGUACCAAGUUGAAAUGCAUUUCUAGAAAUAUUUAUAUUAUUUAAAUUAAAGUAUCAAUCGGUUACUGUCUGUGCUGUGAGUGUGUGUGUGAGAAUUAUCUAUUUGUGUAAGUGAGUUAUUUAAUGCGUCGAUUGUUAUAGUGUUAUUAUUACGUCAAGGCCGACUUGAUGAAGAGCUUCCGAUGAACUGAAAGGGUAGACUAUGAUGCUCAAUUGAUACAUUUGCGCUUUCACAGCGAAGCUUGUGGAUACUUAACAAAAUGUAAAUACGUCUAAAUUUAGAAAGAUAGUAGUAAAAUUUUGAGAAUGUAUUAGCUGCAUAAUUUAGUAGUACCUAAUUAGCAUUUAUGAGAUUUAUUAAAAAUAUAAUGUUAUAAAUAUUUUGUACAAUUCGAUAAGUUUUGAUAGAUCUGAAACUUUUAUAUUGGCUUAUCAAAAAAAAAUUGGGUCCAUUAUUAGUGUGAUAGCGCAAUGCCUUGUUUUAUACUUGUCUGUUGCAUUUACUAGCAUUUUGAUACAUCAAUCUAGU